UAAAUAAAGGGAAGGAAAAAAAAAAGAAGAUUUUUGAUUUACUUCAUCUUUGGAAUGAAAGAUUACCAAGGAAAGAGAAUAUUAAUGAAAAGGAGUGAAAAACAGACUGAAUGAGAAAAAAAGAAGAGAUACGGCACUCUCAUAUCCACUGAGGCAGGAAAACAUCUGGAGUCAAGGAGACCAAUCAAGCAGAACAUGUAAUUGCAGUCAAAUAGCCUCUAAGGAAUAAGAAACAAAAUCAUCAAAUGCUGAGACACACAAUGUUUUCCAACUAAUGAAAGCAUCCAGGACAUGCUAACUUUAAUCUUUCCCACCCACACACUUGGUUUUCUAUGAAACACAACCAAACUCGGAUUGAAAGACAUGCCAACUAAGAAAGGUCCCUCCCCCUUCAGCUGCGGCUCAGGGGGUUGAGCAAAUCGGCACCGGCCAUGGGCCGGAAGGCCGCUGACACGACUAAUCCGGUGCCAGCGCUGGGAGGGCGAGGAGUUCUGUCACAGAAAUGGGGACCUCUUUGCAGUGUGGGUGUGCAGACAUCACCGGGACUACGGUCACUGCCCUCUCUAAAGAGGAGGAGUCAACCAACAGGGACGGUCUGUGGCAAUUCUGUCCCUGUGGAAACCAUGUCUCUAGACAGAGCGAAACCCACCUUGGGACAAUUUCGAAACUGCACAAGUAGAACAUCCCAAGAUGAAACAUCACAUGAUGGCAAUGUCUACUGCCAGAUCAAGACUACCCAAACUAACACCCACCUGUCAGGAUGCAAAGGAAAUUUUAAACGGAACCCUCGCUUCAUCAAUGGCAGCGUUGUAGCAUCUGAACUGGUAGAAGGAGUCUGUAGUGAGGGGGUGGAGACAGUUGAAGUGGGUAGUCAAAGAGAGACAGAAAUGCGAAUUCAGAGGCGGGGUCAAUCACUCAAAGGGGAGAAGACAUGCCCCACAGUGCAGAGUGGGAGUGUAAGCUCAUAUGCCACACACCCCAGGCCUUGCCGUGUAAUGACAUCAUCCAGACCAUGCACAGCAUGUGGAAAAAAAUCACAAGUGCCACCAUGCACGGCAUCUGCAUGCCAAAAACAAGAACCCAGACAGAUUCAAGGAAGCAUGACCCUUCCAAUGCCACCUAGAAAAGACAUACCCAAACUGCAGAAGCAGAGGUCUACAGACACACACCGAACUCAAACUUCACACACAUCUGUCAUUUACAGUCAUUCUGAGAGCACACACAGAGAGAACUCUUUUGAUAAAUGUGACAGAACCACAAAGGAAACAAACACACAGCCAAAUGAUCCAUCCACGCAAUCACACACCAAAACAUGUAUUAAAAACACUGCAACAAUACAAAUAUCUACAAAUUCACCAAAACUAAAGACAUCAGAACACCCACAAACGCACAAAUUACAGACAGGAAUAUUGACCAAAAAAACAAAACUGAUAGAUUUGACAACAACUCAAAAACAACAUGGCUCAAAAGAUCCAGUCCAGCUCACAGCCGAGUGCACGAAUAACCAAACCUACGCAACUAUUACAACUGCUACUUCUCCUCUAUCUGUCUCCACCAUCCCUAAAACACCUGUCGUUUCUAUUCAGCCAGAAUCACAAACCACACCCCCUCUCCCAUGUAAAAACCCAUCCAAUUGCAAACCUUCAACAUUAACAACAAAACUGACAUCACCAGAGGUUCAGAAAGGUUCAGAGACCAAAAUAAAAUCCCAAACCCAAUCCCUUAACCAAGGACUGAAAACCGUGAAGGCCCCAGACGCCAAACCAAAACUGGUAGAUGAUCAGCCCUCUCAAAAGAACAUGGGAGAAGCUCAGAUGCCACUUUGUAAUGGGAUGCCUUCAGCACUUCAUGGAUUACUGCAGAACAUUGAGGAGAACCUGCUGUCCAACCAAGAAAAGAUUAAGGUUCUUCUCAACGUCAUACAGGACCUGGAGAAAAGCAAAGCAAUGAGCGAGGGACGCUGUUCUUACAGAACAGGACAGGACAUCAACAACUGCUCGACCUGCCAGAAAACAGCCUGCAUUAUUUACAGUGUGGAGCAUGAUUUCCGUCUGCAGGAGGGCCGCUUCCAGAGUGUCCUUGAGGCGUUGGAUAUGGAGUACGAUGUUCCCUUUUUCCCUAAAGCUGACCCCUCUAGGCCACGAAACAAGAACCGCAUCAAGAAACUGCGAAAGAAGUGCUUCUGGUGGCUAUAGGCUUCAGCAAUGGCUGCCAAGGCAACGAUUACCCUGAGCAUCGCUAUUACAGCGGGAGGCUUUGUGCAUUCCAAUUACAGGAGACUUGACCGUAGCCAAGGAACAGCUCUAUGAGCCUAUGGCUUUUAGGUGUGGAAAAGUUGAACAUGUAAUUACAUAUGAAGUUACACCAGCACAGUCAUCAUGCAAGUAUUUGGUUCAUUUUUAGAGCAUAGCUGUCCAUGAAAUGAAAAUUUACAUUAAAAAAAAGGAUAAUAAUCUCACAUCACAUAUGGCCAAGUCCCGAGAAAAAUGGCUUUGAUUUUUGCUUUUUUUUUUUUUACAAUCCAAGAUUUUUUUGUGUGUCCAUUUCAUGAUUUCAUUUUAGAAAGCAGACAGGCACGCCUACCAAAAUAAUGGAAACUGUAAGACAUAUUUAAAGCCCCAAGAGACCCAAGAGAUGGAGGGACUGCAGUCAAUAGGGCUUCUUGAUGAGUGACAGAACUGUGAUUCAAUCAAUACUGCCCUUCACAGUGACUGUCAGAACGCUAACCCAGUAGAGGCAAUCUGUCUUAUAUAGCGAUAUGUCAUCACUGCAUUCCCUGAGUGAAGGAGAAAUGUAGACCUGGUCAGCAAUAAUUGCAGACUAAAUGGAUCUAGGAAUCCUGUUAUGAAUACGGAAGAUACCAUCAUUGUUGUUUCGAUGGUUCAAGCAUGACAAGUCUUUAGCAAGUGGGUGUAGAUUGCUAGUGCCAUUUUUUAAAAUUCUAAUUACUUAUCUACUACAUCAGUACAGAGGUGAUCAUAUCAUUAUUUUUAUCCAAACCAUUAGACCAAUAAGUCUCAACCAUGCAGCCCAGUCCAAUUUUGGUAACCCAGAAACCAACAGACUAACAUAAACAUUUAAAAGGACAACACAACAUAAAAAGAGUUUUAAAAUGACUUUACAUGACUGUCUCAUACUAUGACCCUUUUUGUUCAAAUAUAAAAGUUGUAUGAUGGUGAGUCAAACAUUAUCCACACGACACAAUCUCUUUGCUUUUCAAUACAUUUGUCCAUCUUUAAACAAGCUUUUAUACUGCCUCAUUAAAAGAAAAAUUUAGGCUUAGAUCUUUGCCACCAAUGCUUCGCUGUUCUCACUUGUUCACCAACUGAAUCUUCAUCCUCGUAACGCUGCUUCCAGAGACCAAACAGGUUAAAAUCUGAUAGAGUGAGAUCAGACAAUGUUUUUGCAGAGUGUCGACAGUGUGGGCAGAAGUGUGUGGACGUGCAUUGUCAUGAAGAUCACAGCGCCCUUGGAUAGCAGUCUUCUGCAUUUAAUCCGAAGUUUAGGCUUCAGCUCUUCAACAAGCAUCUCACUAGAAUGAACACUGUUGAUUGUUGAACCUUUUUCCUGAUAACGUUCCAAUACUGGUCCUU